AUGGUCCGCCUACCGCUUCCUCACCGGCGCAGUGGGAACCGUUCCCCUAAGAUUGGCGCUGCUUCUUCUCAAGAUGACCUCUCUGCCUCCUCGACCGGGACCUCCGAGACCAAAUACCCGUUGAUCUUAAAGACACAGGUUAUCAGCGGCCGCAAUCUAGCUGCAAAGGAUAGGAAUGGCAUGAGUGAUCCCUACCUGGUGGUCACGUUAGGUCAUGCAAGAGAGUCCACCCCGACAAUCAGCAAGACUCUGAACCCAGAGUGGAACGUCUGCUUUGAUCUGCCGAUUGUUGGAGUCCCGCUGCUCGAAUGCGUCUGUUGGGAUAAGGAUAGGUUUGGCAAGGAUUACAUGGGCGAGUUUGAUAUCGCACUGGAAGAUAUAUUCUCAAAUGGCCAGGUUCAGCAGGAGCCCCAAUGGUACGACCUCCAAUCGAAAUGGAAGACAAGCAGCAAGAAGAACAACGACGUCUCCGGCCAGAUUCAACUGCAAUUCUCUCUUGUCGACCCCUCCAACCCUUCUGCUCCCCCAGACCAGAUCCUUUCAAAGUUCAAGAACCUCAUCCGCAACAGUGACGACGAGGAAGAAGAUGCUACCCCAACUACGUCCGGAGAUAAUGAGGAAGUCGGUGAGAGCUCAAGGGAGGACCUGACCAGACCAGAUGCUAUUGCUCAGCAACGACAAAAGUCAAAGGUUGCUCGGCUCAAGCGAAGGUCCAUUGCCGUACGGGCAUAUGAAUUCUGCGGAGCUAAAGACGGCGUGGUUGGCAUUGUCUUCAUUGAAAUAAACAAGGUCCUUGACCUACCCCCGGAAAAAAAUAUGACCCGCACAUCCUUUGACAUGGACCCGUUCGUGGUCACCUCUCUGGGUAAAAAAACCAUGAGAACCCGUGUCAUUCGUCAUAACCUAAACCCAGUCUUUGACGAGAAGAUGGUAUUCCAAGUGAUGAAGCAUGAACAAGCUUACUCCAUCAACUUUACCGUCAUUGACAGAGACAAGCUGUCUGGAAACGACUUCGUUGCCUCCACAAACUUCCCCCUGCAGACUCUUAUUCAGGCUGGCCCUGAAGCCGACCCAGAGACUGGCCUAUACGAACUACUCGACCUUCCCCAGGAUCCGGUUGAGCCCACUACCCCUCAAAGCUCCUCCAAAUCUAGAUUCAGACUCACCCUAUCUCGCUCUACUUCAGCUUCGAACCUCGCUAAGAUGGCAAAACCAUCCCUGAAGUCAAAAUCCUCAGCUGCCUCGUUAGCGAGCCAGUACCAGCAGGAAAACCAGCAGCCGGCUCCAACAUCCAACCCUACUGCAUCUCAAGCUGAUUCCGCUGCUACCCUGCACGUUCCGGGGAGCAUUUCACCCCCUUCUCCAGACAAGACUGGAUUCCCUUCUACUAACCCCGACACAGAAGCAUUUAAACAUUACGUUAUACCUCUCACAUUGAAGAACAAAGACAGGUGGGAGGACAAGCAUAACCCAGAACUUCAUAUCAAAGCCAAGUAUAUGCCUUAUCCAGCUCUGAGGCAGCAGUUCUGGCGCGUCAUGCUCCGACAGUACGACGCCGACGAGAGCGGACGUAUCAGUAAAAUCGAAUUGACCACUAUGCUCGACACCCUAGGCUCGACUUUGAAAGACUCAACCAUCGACGGAUUCUUCCAUAGAUUUGCUGCAGAAAAUGAAUCGACCGGAGAUACCAUGGAUCUCACUUUUGAUCAGGCGGUGAUCUGUCUUGAGGAGAAACUUCAGGAGUUGCAAAAGAAGACGGUGGGCGCCACCAUGUCUAAAUUAGUGCAAUUCCCAUCGUCCUCUUCAGGGCCGUUAGAAAGUGAGAUCCUACCCGAUGGUGAAGAUGAAGAAGAUGAGGAUGAUAACGGUCUCCUCACCCCUGCUGGGGGCGGCGGUACCCGCCUGACUUUGAACCCUGCGCAUACUAACCUUGAGCUACCAACAGUAUCUACUACAACUAGUCGCGACGAAUCGAUUUCUGGAAGCGAUGAAGGCAUCAACUCGCCUCAGGGUGACCUCACUGACGAGCGAGGCGAAGAACAUGUCAUUGAGAUCCGCGAGUGUCCUCUAUGCCACCAGCCUCGGCUGGGUAAGCGGUCCGAUGCAGAUAUCAUCACCCAUCUUGCUACCUGUGCCAGUCAGGACUGGAGACAGGUAGACAAUUUGGUCAUGGGUGGCUUCGUAACCUCCAGCCAGGCACAGAGGAAAUGGUACAGCAAAGUCAUCACUAAGCUGUCCUAUGGAGGAUAUAAGAUUGGCGCCAAUUCGGCCAACAUCUUGGUACAGGAUCGCUUGACCGGGCAGAUCAACGAAGAGAAAAUGAGCGUAUAUGUUCGAUUGGGAAUUCGACUGCUGUACAAGGGAUUGAAGAGCAGGGAAAUGGAGAAGAAGAGAAGUUCGUCAGCCAGCUUUUACCUACCCCCUCACAUUCUCACACACAAGUAUAAUCAGCCGCUAACCCAACUUACUUGUUUUUCAGUUCGUAAAAUGCUCAAAUCCUUGAGUAUCAAGCAAGGUCGGAAAUAUGAUGACCCUGCUUCGUCUAGCCAAAUUGAGGCAUUCAUUGAAUUCCAUCAACUUGACAUGAGCGAAGUGCUGCUCCCCUUAGACCAGUUCAAGUCCUUCAACGAAUUCUUCUACCGCGCCCUGAAACCAGGCGCGCGUCCCUGCUCAGCUCCCGAUGAUCCCAACAUCAUCGUAUCUCCCGCUGACUGUCGCUCCGUGGUCUUCGAUCGCAUUACUGAAGCCACUCAGAUCUGGGUCAAGGGCCGUGAAUUCUCCAUCGAACGACUUCUCGGGAAAGCUUAUCCCGAGGACGUGGAGCGCUAUAAGAACGGGGCUCUCGGCAUCUUCCGUCUUGCUCCACAAGACUACCACCGCUUCCAUAUCCCCGUUGAUGGAACUCUCGGCACUCCCAAGACCAUUGAGGGAGAGUAUUACACCGUGAACCCAAUGGCUAUUCGUUCAGCAUUGGACGUUUACGGCGAGAAUGUUCGAAUCAUCGUCCCCAUCGACUCUGUUGCUCAUGGCCGUGUGAUGGUCAUCUGUGUUGGUGCAAUGAUGGUCGGCAGCACUGUGAUCACUCAGGAGGCUGGUGCAAAGGUCUCCAGAACCGACGAACUUGGAUACUUUAAGUUCGGAGGAAGUACCCUUUUAGUCCUUUUCGAGCCAGGCCGAAUGAACUUCGACACCGAUUUGGUCGAUAACUCCAAGGGUGCCUUGGAAACAUUGGUAUGUUGGCGAGCUCUCCUCUACUUAUUUCUCUCUCCUCCUCCUCCUCCUCCUUUAUAG